AUGAGGUCACUUUUGAAGGCCAUACCCUCCAUACCCUCCUCACCUACUCCCCUUCCGUCGCCUCCUCUUGGCUCUCGUCCCACAGCUCCGACUCCUACACUCGUCCGAGAUCCCCAGGCCCUCAAAGACUUCCUUAGCAACGACCGCCACAUCUUCGUCGGCGUCGAAAUCGCUAAAAGCGUCAACAAGCUAGUCCGCAACUAUGGCCUCAACGUCAGCAACGCGAGGGACCUGAGGUCCCUGGCCAAUAAUGCAGGCCUAGAGGUUCCACAGGAUUGCGGGCUGAAGGUGCUAGCGAAGCUGAUACUAGGGUGGAAGAUGGAGAAGCGAAAUCGGGUCACGGUGAGCCAGUGGAACAAGCUGUGGCUGACGAGUGCACAGGUCCGAUACGCGUGCAUGGACGCUUUCGUGGCGCUCCAGAUCGGAAAGGCUCUGUAUGCCGCAUGA